AUGACCGCCAUCUUUGACUGCAUUGAGGAAGGCUGCUCGGUCGAUGCGCUCCUCAAGCUAGACCAGAAGUUGGCCGAAGAUGAGCAGCGCAUUUCUGACACCGUGAAGGAAAUCGAAGGCGUGCAAAAGACAGCGUACUCGCCGGAGAACGCAGGCACACUCGCAUGGCUAAACAACUUCCUCAGUCGCAGUGGAAGCCUACGAGCACAGCUGCAGGCGCUGCAGGGUGUCAAGGACUCGAACUUCAUUCAGCAAAUUGUCAAGGCAGCGUCUGUUGCUUUCGGCGGUGGUCGGCCCAACGAUUACCCCAAGGUUGGUGUGUCUCCGUACUCCUCAUGA